GCCCUUGUCCUGGCUUUAACCAUAGCGCGUUCUCGUCACCUUCUGCUGUCAGCAAGAACGCGCUGCGCGUCCAUACCUUAUCUUCUCCUCCCCCUCAUUUUCUCUCUCAUCAAUAUCUCUUCCCCAUGUAUCUAUUUUUAUUUAUUUAUUUUUAAUAACACAUUUUAAUGAGGCGUCAGCUGCUGAUCUCUUUCUCGGCCUUACCCCUCGAAAAAAAAUAAACCCUCCCACUGUGGGCUCCUACCUCUGUGACAGCCCGUAAGCCGGUUUGUCCAAGGCAUGCUACACUUGACCCUGAGCAGCGAAAUUCAGCUCAGAAUAUUGCAUUUGUGACAAGGACAUGGGACGACUCCUGUCACCUUCCAGAUGGUUCAUUACAACUGACAUCUUGGCUAAUCUUAGUGGGAACAAUCCUUGGACCUUUCACAUUUCUUACUGCGAGACAUCAUAUACUCUCAACAGUAGGGUACAUCAGGUUCUGCAUAUCCUUUAAAGUUUUAAAGUGACCUUUUCCAAUGAGGAUGUCUGGUACUGUUGCUGUGAAGGAUGAUUUAGAAGCAAUGAAUGGUUCUGAGACUGAUGUGAAACACUCCAGCUCAUUAGAAAACCUUAUAAAAUCUGAAGGCCAUGAGAAACUGCAAGCUGACAAAGAGGAUGACUCCUAUAAUAACAAUCACGAUACCACACGGCCAGUACAACCUUUGUCGCAAUCAGGAAAAAGGUCGAAGUCCAAUUCAAAGUUAAAACUAGUUCGGAGUCUGGCUGUGUGUGAAGAAUCUCCUCCUCCUUCCACAGCUGAUAUACCCCUGGAUAUACAGGAAGUCAUUCAGGUCCAGCUUACACAGGCCGUUGGAAAAGAAGAGAACCUCACAAAGGAUGAAACGGAAAAAGAGAAAGGGAAUGAAAAGUCUUCUAAGAAAAUGCUUUCAAGAGAUUCUAGUCAAGAAUAUACAGACUCUACAGGAAUAGAUCUGCAUGAAUUUUUGGUAAACACACUGCAAAGUAAUCCCAGGGACAGAAUGAUGCUGCUAAAGUUAGAACAGGAUAUAUUCGAUUUUAUUGCUACCAAUGAAAGUCAACGUAAAAAGUUUCCUCCAAUGACAUCCUAUCAUAGGAUGCUGUUACACAGGGUUGCUGCAUAUUUUGGACUGGAUCACAAUGUAGACCAGAGUGGAAAAUCUGUGAUUGUAAACAAAACAAGUAAUACACGAAUUCCUGAUCAGAAAUUUGAGGAACACAUCAAAGAUGAGAAGAAUGUGGACUUUCAGAAGAGGUACAUUCUCAAGAGAGAUAACUCUAGUUUAGACAAAGAUGAUAAUCAGAUGAGAAUGAGAUUAAAAGAAGACCGGAGAAGCAAAUCAAUUGAGGAACGUGAAGAGGAAUAUCAGAGAGCCAGGGAAAGGAUAUUUGCUCAGGAGUCCUUGUGUUCUCAGGAGAAUUAUCUUACGGAUAAAAGAAUUCAAGAGGAAGAAAUUAAUAGUACACAGCAAAGACGUCAGAUAUUUAGGAUUAAUAAAGAUGCUUCAGGUCGAUCAGGAAACAGCCACUAUAGCAGUACGGAGAACGACUUGAAGUACUCUGAACCUCGCCCAUGGAGUAGCACAGACUCUGAUAGUUCCACGCGAAAUUUGAAGCCAGCUGUUACCAAAGCCAGCAGCUUCAGUGGAAUUUCGGUGUUGACAAGAGGAGAUAGUUCUGGGAGCAGCAAAAGUACAGGCAGGCUGUCCAAAACAGGUUCAGAAUCUUCUAGUAGUGUAGGGUCGUCCACGGGUUCUCUUUCACACACCCAGCAGCUUCUUCCAGUAACCGCUAUAAACCAGUCUUCUCAUGGCACACCUGCCGUCUAUCCAACUGUCAGCACUAGUAAUUCUCUUUCCUUUGAUGGUGGCAUGAGUGGCCAAGUGGCUCCUACUAGUACUAGCUUCUUUUUGCUUCCCUUGGAAGCCACAGGCAUUCCACCUGGCAGUGUUCUGAUCAACCCACAAACAGGUCAGCCAUUUAUAAAUCCCGAUGGCACUCCAGUUGUAUACAACCCUCCUGUAACUCAGCAACCUGUAAGGACCCAAGUGCCUGCACCUGCCCCUCCUCCCCCACCACCACCACCUCCACCACAAGCACCAAACCAUAUAUUACCACAGCCUAGCCGAUCUCUGUCGUCCUCUUCGCAGCCUGUUCAGUACUCCGCAGUCUCUUAUCCACCCUCGCUCCUGCCAGUCUCACCUACUCAGCCGUACACUGUGCAAGACAACCUUGGAACCCAGUUUAGCCAUAUGAGUCUUGCCAGACAGCCUUCUACUGAAACGUCAGAUGCUCAUUCGACUAUGUUUCAGUCUACCUUGGUGCUUCAACCCCCUCAGCAGUCUGGUUAUAUUGUGGCACCCACACCACCACCUCCUCUAGGACAGUCUGUUCCUCCUGCAAACUACUCCAACCACAGCCAGCCAAUGCUUCCGCAGCAAGGGUUUGUGCAGCAAUCACUUCAACAGAUGCCAACUUGUUUUUGUGCUCCAAACCAGUAUACUCACUCAAGUCAACAAUAUCGACCAGUAACGUCCGUCCAGUAUAGUUCACAACCAAAUCAAACACUGCCACAAGCUUCUCAUUCAACAGCUUUCCCCGCUGUAAUUCCCAACCAGCAACCAAACUACCAGAGUAUCGUGAGUGUCCAGCAGCCCCAGAAUCAAACUUUAGUUAGUGGGCAACCUAACAGCAUUGGCAACCCUAUCCAGGGAGUCAUGGUUCAGUAUUCCUCUGUACCAUCCUAUCAGGUCCCGGUUCGACAAGGUUCGCAAACUGUGCCUCAGCAGCCAUACCACCAGCAGGUGCUGAUUCCCACUCAGUCCAGUCAGGGCCCCUUACAUGCCGCAGGGCUGCCAGUGUAUUACAGCGUGAUUUCUCCAGGGCAACAAAAUAACUUAGGCUCCUCGGUAGGAUAUAUGCAGCCACCUGGUUCCGAUCAAAUGCAGUUUCCUAGAACAUCAUCCCCUUGUAAUUCCCAGCAGCUGUUAGGUCCUCAGUGUACAGCUGUUCCUGCACCUCCCCCUGGUGGUGGGAUGAUAAUGAUGCAGCUCAAUGUACCAAACAACCCUCCACCUCAAACACAUUCACCAACUCAGUGGAAACCAAAUAAAUAUUAUUGUGACCAUCAGAGGGCUCAAAAGUCUACAGAGUACGUUAGUUUGGAUAUUUCCACACAGCAUAGCACACAUCUGAACAGUCCUGUUACUUCACCAAAUCAGUCUCCACUACCUAUUCAUCUAACCAAUAUGAAAAACAUUCACCCAGGGUUAACACCCCUCCCUAUCGUUCCUCAGUUCUCAAGACCUUUCGCUCCUGGACAAGGUGAUACAAGAUACCCGUUACUUGGUCAGCCUUUACAAUAUAAUGCUCCUCAUGUAGUUCACGGACACGUUACAAGUCAGCAGGGUCAAUCUGGCCACCGACAUGGAAAUAGAGGGAAAAAAACAGCAAGAAAAGCUGCUUCCACAGACCUUUGUGCUGGCGAGCCAGUAAUUGGGAAGGUCUUAGAAAUCACCGAACUGCCUGAUGGAAUAAGUCGAACAGAUGCUGAAAUGCUUUUUGGAGAACUUUUUAAAGUUGGUGCCAAGAUCAGGUGGCUAAGGGACCCUCACUCCCAACAGACUGUACACCAACAUCAUCCUCACUAUUGUGGCAGUGGAGAUAACCACACAAGUACUGAACACUCCAACUCUUCAGACUUGGCUUCUACAUACACCAUUGUAGCUACCUUUCCUACAGUAUCGGCUGCACAAAGUGCAUUGAAGAAACAAAAUAAUCUAGUUAACAAGUUUAGACUGCGAACAAGCAGGAAGCACUAUGAUUUUCACAUUUUGGAAAGGGCCAGCUCUCAGUAGAAUUUAGAACAUUGUUGGAUGGUCUGCCUUUCUAUCUUCCAUUAUCUAUUUCCAUUUGUAUCAAUUGGCCUCGUUUUUGUAAGAGCCUCUUGUCAGAAACGGAGUCUCCAGGGAACCUCAUAUCACGUUAUAUUAAUUGAAGAUUAGCCCAUGGACCCAGCCAAACUAAAUGGAUUCAUCUGAAUGAAAGAGAAAGCCUUGACCACAGGACAAAACCUUUUCCCCUUUUAUAAUCUGUUUGUUUUAUAUUUAUAUUUCUGUAUCGGACCCAAAGUUCUCUUAUACAGAAACAAAUAUAUUGUUCAUAAUGAAUGGCCACUAAAAAAAAUAAAAGGGAAAAAAAAAAGAAAAUAAUCGAUUUUCUACUUUUUUUUUCACAGCCAGCACUUUGCCAUCCAUUUUAAUAUAGUAAGAUGGGGAAAUUAUUGCUGCACUUAAAUAAAAAAAAGACCUAUUACUGUUUGAAAACAAUAGUCCUAUUCCCCUGUUUCCUUUAAAAGGCGAUAUUAUUAAUAUUAUUAUUAUUAUUAUUAUUAUUAUUAAAAAGAAAAACAAAAAAACUACUGAUGUUUCAGUGUCCUCCAUACUUUAAAUACAUUAAGGCUAUGUGAAAAUUAAUUGUAAAUAAAUUAUGUUUGUCAUAAAAUUCAUUUUAAAUUCUUAUGUUUUAUCAUCCGCCGCUGCAGGGGAAAAAGAUUAUUUCCAAGUAGAAAAAGGGGAAACAAACAAAUGCACCAGACUAAAGAAAGAGAAGACCCCUUUGAAUUUGAAAUAGACGCAUACAAAACCCUUAUUGCUGUAAGAGUUCAAUGGUCUUAAGUAACCAAUGGAUGAAAAUCUUAUUUAAGUUCAGUUGUGUCUUUUAAUGCAUUGUGCUGCUGGUUAUAUUGGCAGUUAAAGGGUUCCAUGUUUUGUGCCAGGAACAUCUUUAGAUAAUUAUAAUUUAAUUUGUGACUUUUGUUAGGAAUCACUGGACAUCUAAAAGAUUUAAUUGCAAAUAUACACACUUUUUUUUCUUCAAAUUUCUGUGUAAAUUGCAAGGCUGUGCAAUGUGUGCUGGUGCAAGCCUUUUUCGGUUACAAAAAAAAUAAAUGUUUACAGAUAUAAA